AUGCGUUUUGUCUUGACUGUCUUUGUUUUAAUCCUGGCAUAUUUCCAGUUCCAAGUGAAUGCUAAAGAUGAUCCCCGACCUAAGAGACAAAUAGGACUUGGAUUGCAAUUGUUUUAUGGUGGUGGUGGACAGAAUGGUCAAAAUGGAUUUGGUGGUGGACAAGGCGGUACUAUCGGAGGCAACCAAGGUGGGUUUGGAGGUAUUUCAAGUGGUUUUGGAAAUCCACAAAAUGGAUAUGGAAAUGGUCAAGCAGGGCCUGGAAAUGGACAGACUGGAUUUGGCAAUGGACAAGUUGGACUGGGAAAUGGACAGGUCGGACUUGGAAAUGGGCAAGUCGCAAAUGGACAAGGUGGUUUCGGAUCUGGACAAGCGGGGUUUGGCACUGCUCAAUCGGGUUUUUCAACUGGACAAGCGGGGUUUGGACCUGGAAACAGUGGGUUCGGAAAUGGACAAACGGGGUUUGGACCUGGACAAAGCGGGCUUGGGACUGGGCAAAACGGAUUUGGAGCAGGGCAAAAUGGUUUCAAUAAUGGAGGAUUUGGUCAAGGAAAUGGAUUUCCUUGGGGACUCGGUGGACUUGGAUUCGGUCGUUAA